AUGUACAGAAUAGACGUUUCAGAUUUUUAUGACUUCCAAGCCUUCAGAAAUAUGUGUCCAUUUAGAGACUAUAACAAAGCAGUCGAGAAUUUGAAACGUUUAGUCAUUUAUGUUGACUCUGCCCCAGAAUGUUAUGUCAUGAAAGAAUGGGAUGUUGUCUUUAACAAACCAAGAGCAACCAUAGUUUCAGAACAAGAAUGUAGACAGAAACUUAAGAAAAUAAAAGUCGUACAAGUUGGUAUGAAGAUGUUAGAUGCUUGGGAUAUCUUAUUGUCAAAGUUAGAAGAUUUUUCAGUUCGUGGUAUAAAGUUCUAUACACCAUCUCCAAAAUUCUAUUCUAUCUUCACUGGAUAUAAAUAUGAACAAGUAGAAUGGAAAGAAAAUGUUAUAGAAGCUUGGUUAGACCAUGUCAAAGAAAUUAUAUGCAAUGGAAACGAAAGAGUCUAUGAGUAUAUCUUAUGUUGGUUUGCAAACAUCUUACAAUAUCCAAGUGCUAAAAAUGAAACUGCUCUCAUUAUAAUUGGAAAACAAGGAACUGGUAAGAACACUUUCUUUACAGAUAUUUUGUGCAAACUGUUAGAGGGCUAUUCGAACCCUAAUAUGACAAACUUAGAAAACAUCUGCGGUAAAUUUAACUCUUCAAUAGAGAAUAUGAAACUUAUAGUAUGUAACGAACUUCAAAGUAUAGAUACAACAAAGGUUUUAAACUCAGAUGCUUUGAAGA